AUGGACAUGUUCACACGGGACACACAGCGGGACACUCAGCGGGACACACAGCGGGACACACAGCGGGACACUCAGCGGGACACACAGCGGGACACUCAGCGGGACACACAGCGGGACACACAGCGGGACACACAGCGGGACACUCAGCGGGACACUCAGCGGGACACACAGCGGGACACACAGCGGGACACUCAGCGGGACACACAGCGGGACACACAGCGGGACACAAAACGAGACACACAGCGGGACACACAGCGGGGCACAAAACGAGACACUGAGCAGGACACUCAACGAGACACUCAACGACACACACAGCGGGACACAAAGCGAGACACUCAGCGAGACACUCAACGAGACACACAGCGGGACACACAGCGGGACACAAAGCGAGACACUCAACGAGACACUCAACGACACACACAGCGAGACACUCAACGAGACACUCAACGAGACUCACACGAGACACUCAGCGAGACACUCAACGAGACUCACAGCGAGACACUAAACGAGACACACAACGGGACACCUAAUGAGACACACAGCGAGACACUCAACGAGACACACAACGAGACACUCAACGAGACUCACAGCGAGACACUCAACGACACACACAGCGAGACACUCAACGACACACACAGCGAGACACUCAACGACACACUGCGAGACACUCAACGAGACACACAGCGAGACACUCAACGACACACACAGCGAGACACUCAACGACACACACAGCGAGACACUCAACGACACACACAGCGAGACACUUAA